GCACUCAAAGAACAUGAUCUGCAGAGGACUUAUACUUAACCAAGUAACCAUCAAGUCCAUCCUCCCAUUUUCCUGCAAAACAAAAGCCUAACCUAAUUAUGUCUCAGCCAGUUCAGGUUUACCCAAAAAUCGCCCCAAGGCAGACUUCAUCGCACUCAAAUGGAUCAUUUGGGACAGUUUUCAUGGUCCUGGCUGCGGUAGUAGGUAUAUCUGUCAUCGCUUGCAUUAUUGGACGGCUCUGUAACCAGCGCCAGCACCAUGGAAAGACUAAGCAAAACCAUACUCUUCACACAAAAGAAGGUGAUUCAAGGCACCACACCCCUCGCCUAGGAGAAGGGGACAUAGAAUUCGGGUUCAGGAAUGGAAUUCCAGCUGCCAAACAGCCUGGAAAUGGUCACGGUCAUGGUCAUGGUCACUCUGAAGGAUAUAAUCCAUCCGAAAAUAAUGAAAUUAGAGGAGAAACAAGGUUUGCUCAUGACAAUGAAAUCAGAGCCAGUGCAUGAUGGUAUUGAAUGAGACACUCCCUCAUAUAUGUUUUUAUAUAUUCUAUUUUCUGGCUUUUCUAUCAAGAUCAUAUUUUUUUUAAUGUUUCUUAUAUGUUUAAUCUCUUAAGAUAAAUGAUUGUCUAUGUUACUGUGAAAUGUGAUGUUUUCUAUUUAUCAUGACAAUUUUCAACGAUAUUGAGAGCAAAAUUCCUACAAUAAUCACUUGUAAUGACCAUAUUCAGAUCCAAA